UUUGACCCUUUUAUUUACUCCGCAUUUGACCCUGCUUACACCACGUAUGCCCAAUUGCCCAUCUUCUCUACUCUCUCUAAGCACUAAAAAAGUCUGCUAUUCGAAAGCUUCGCCACCAGUUUUAAGCUGCUCAUAGUCUUUGUACUUCCUCGGACGAAUCAGAAAACUGGAGCUACUCUAGACUUGCUCCAAGUUUUUUUCCUUGCUGGAACUACAUAUUGAUUGAAGAGGAAAAAGUGAAGGAAAAGAUGAGGUUCUUGAUUGGGAUGGUUUUGGUGUGCUCCUGGGUGGUGAUAGCCCAUGCAGAUGAUAUGCUUUACAAAAAUCCUAGCAAGCCACUGGGCUUGCGAAUCAAGGACCUGAUGAAGAGGAUGACUUUGGAGGAAAAAAUUGGCCAAAUGGUUCAGAUUGAAAGACAAGUCGCUUCUUAUGAAGUCAUGAAGAGAUACUAUAUAGGUAGUCUGUUGAGUGGAGGUGGGAGUGUACCAAGGAAUGAGGCGCCUGCACAGGCUUGGGUGGACAUGGUGAAUGAUUUCCAGAAGGGGUCUAUGUCGACCCGGCUCGGGAUUCCUAUGAUCUAUGGAAUUGAUGCAAUUCACGGUCAAAACAAUGUCUACAAUGCUACCAUUUUCCCUCAUAACAUUGGUCUUGGAGCUACUAGGGAUCCUCAACUGGUCAAGAAGAUAGGAGCUGCAACUGCUCUUGAAGUAAGGGCCACUGGGAUUCAAUAUGCGUUUGCACCAUGCAUUGCGGUAUGUAGAGAUCCAAGAUGGGGUAGGUGCUACGAGAGUUACAGUGAGGAUCCGGAGGUAGUCCGGGCUAUGACUGAGAUAAUCUCUGGACUACAAGGGGAAGCACCUCCUAAUUCUCUCGGAGUCCCAUACGUUGGUGGAAAAGAAAAAGUUGCAGCUUGUGCCAAGCAUUAUGUAGGUGAUGGUGGCACUGUGAAGGGCAUUGAUGAGAACAACACAGUGAUAAGCAGGCAUGGCCUCCUUAGUAUACAUAUGGGAGCCUAUUACAAUUCGAUCAUCAAGGGUGUGUCCACUGUCAUGGUGUCCUAUUCAAGCUGGAAUGGCGUGAAGAUGCAUGCUAACCGAGAUUUAAUCACUGGGUAUCUCAAGGGAACACUACGUUUCAGAGGAUUUGUUAUCUCAGACUAUAAUGCUAUCGAUGUGAUUACUCCUAUCAGGCAUGAGAACUAUACAUACUCCAUUCUCCACUCUGUCAAUGCUGGAAUUGAUAUGGUUAUGGUUCCAAACAACUAUACAGAAUUCAUUGAUGGACUUACUUCUCUGGUGAAGAAUAACUUUGUGCCAAUGAGCCGAAUUGAUGAUGCGGUUGCGAGAAUUCUUAGAGUGAAGUUUAUAAUGGGUCUCUUUGAGAAUCCUUGGGCCGAUUAUAGCUUGGUGAAUUAUCUUGGGUGUAAGAAGCACAGAGAGCUGGCAAGGGAAGCUGUGAGGAAAUCUCUUGUUCUCUUGAAGAACGGUGCAAAUGGAGAUGAGCCAGUUUUACCUCUUCCAAAGAAGACAUCAAAUAUAUUGGUUGCAGGAACUCAUGCAGACGAUAUUGGCUAUCAGUGCGGUGGGUGGACAAUAACAUGGCAAGGAGUUCCUGGCAACAGUACUGUAGGUACUACGAUACUCUCGGCUAUUAGUAACACGGUUGAUCCUAAAACAGAAGUCACUUUCAAGGAAAACCCUGAUGUUGGAUUCUUGAAAUCAAACAAGUUCUCAUACGCCAUUGUCGUGGUGGGAGAGAAAACGUAUGCCGAGGGCUACGGGGACAGCUUAAACCUGACAAUCCCUGAGCCUGGACCGACCAUCCUAACAAACGUGUGUGCACAUAUUAAAUGUGUUGUGGUUCUCAUCACUGGACGGCCGGUUGUGAUCCAGCCAUACCUCCCACAGAUUGAUGCCCUUGUGGCUGCUUGGCUUCCGGGAACCGAAGGCCAAGGCGUUGCAGAUGUCCUCUUUGGUGAUUUUGGUUUUACUGGCAAGCUUCCGCGGACAUGGUUCAAGACAGUUGAUCAACUGCCCAUGAAUGUUGGAGAUUCACAUUAUGACCCACUCUUCCCUUAUGGUUAUGGACUUACCACAGAGCCUGUAGACUCUUAAAAGGCCCAUAUAGUUUCCAUUUAUCUAUAGCCUAUAGGGAUAUAUGAAAAAGAGAGAUAGAAAAGAUUUUACAGGCCUACACUUCUAUUGUCUAGCAUUAGUAUAAUAAAGUUGAGCCUAACUCAUCCCAAAUAGCUCUCAAGGAGGUGGGAUUAUAACUUAUUAGUAGAGAUUUCAUCAUCACGGUUUUUGAAUCAGGCAAUAAACUAUGGGAAUAAUAAUAACAAGAUUGAAGGAUUGUUUGCAUAUUCUUUUAC